AUGUAUAGAGACUAUGAAGACAACAGUCGAAGCUAUGAUGACUAUUGCAGAGAAGAUGACCCAGUUUAUGGCAAUCUCAGUCAAGAUAUUUUAGAGGAAUGUUGUUACGAGCAGAUGAAGUCCCAGCCUCAAAGGCCAGUUAACCAAUUACAGGUGGAGUCUGCCAAUCAGAUGUGUUAUGCCUCACUUGAUCACAGUGUCAAGGGAAAACGCAGAAAACCAAGGAGAAAGACAGACCCUUCAUUAAAGGAAGAUGAAGAAGAAAGAUCAUCUAACCCCACCACGAUGGCUUCCAAGGUUAGCAUCUACCUCAACAGCGAGCAGCUGGCUGCUGAAAACAUGGCAAACGUAGAAGCCAUUCACGAUGAUCCCAUCAGAUUAAUGGGUUUGAUUCAUACUACAAAAGGAGAGAACAUCUGA